GUAGGCGACGACGUAGUGCACACGUGCUCGGAAGUAAGCAAGGAAAACGUAAUGUCGUUCUCUGGUGAAUUGUUUGUUUGGUGAUAGCGCUGGCUUCGUAAUCGAAAUUAUAUUUUGGGAGUACUUGUCAUGGAAACAUGUUUGUGCUGUUCGCUCAUCUAACAAGACGAACCGUUUGCUAAUGAAGUGCGCGAGCGUCAAGAUAGAGGGGUGCAGGUGCACGUUAGCAAGCUACUGCAGUGUAUAACUAUGACCUAGACACAUUUUGUAGUGGUCAUGAGUGAAUAACCACUCAUUUUUAUUUUGAGGAGACGAGUAGGCCUACCUGACACAACAGUGUAUGUCAGCAACAUGGCAUUCACCAGCCUUUUUUCAAGUCUUCCAAACAAAGACUUUGACACGGCGCCUUGUGAGCGGAGAGAGAGAUUUCAAAGGGAUGAAAGGCAACUGGAACCAGUUAAACUGGAGGUGAACGAAAGGGAUGCCCAGUCCAGAAAGUGGCCAUUGCAAAGGUGUCAGCAGAGUGGCCCCAGGAAGAGGAAAAAGGGGGACCAACAGGAGCAGUGUGGUCAGGCCAAGAAAAGUAAGCUCCGUAAAUGCCCAUCACAAUCUUAUAAAGACUUUGACUCUGUGGCCCGAGACUACAACAUGGUGAAGUGUGAUUUCGAGCAACCAGGCUUUGACUUGAGUAGAGACCUGGACUUCUACAGUGAUAGCAAGGAGGGUGCAUCCCCAGGUCAUGCUACAGAGAAGGAUCCUGAUCAGAUCAAGGAUGUUCAAGGUGUAAACGAGAAGAAAGGACGGGAGCAGAAGAAGCAGCGACGGAAGCCCCAGCAGCAGAGACUUGACAACCAGGCCAGAGGCAGAGGGGGAAACUCUGCCAGGAGGGGUGGGGAUUUUACCGGAAUGGGUGGACGCGGAACUAACCAGCCCAGAGACUUCUCCAACAGGGGCGGAGAGUGGAGCAAUAGAGGCCAGGGCUGUGACGAGGGGCGGUUUUCUCAGAAGAGGUGAUUGGUCAAAGCGAGGCACUGACCGGUCACUUAGAGGUGGACGACAGUUCCCAAAUGAUGUACGUUUAACACUGCUGAUUCCAACAUCUUCCAGGAAACUUUGACUGGAAAGGGGAAGAAGAACAUGACAAAGGAAUUCAAAGACCAGAAUGCUUUGGAGAUUGACAGAAGGUUAAUCUGUCAACAUUUCCUCAGGGGAAAGUGCAUA